AUGGAGAAUGAUGGGGCAAAGAAUGGCAAAUAUGAUCUAUACUCACACAAGCAUUUAUAUCAUGACAUUGCAAAAGCGCGUAUUAUGGGUAAAGAGGUUCGAAAUGCAGAAGGUGUUUCCUCCAAUGCCUCUUUUGUUACCGCUAAUGAGUUUAGUGAAUCAACAUCUCCCGCUGUACAACCUCAAGAUGCCGGCUCACAAAAUGGUUCCAAUGAAACUAUUCUUGGCUCGUCUGAUACAAUAAUGGUGUCUCAAAGGCAAAGCGGUAUAGAACCACCUGUUGCCCCGACGAUGGUGAAAUCGGUGACUUUUUCUACAUCAACUAAGAAAAACCGCUCUCCCAAGAAGAAGAAGACCAUCGAGGUAGAGCUACUGAAUCCUGAGGAGCAUGUUGGAGUUUCAGAUAUAGAUGAUCAACAGCAAAGCCACUCCCACUUUAGAGACCUCUAUGAGCAAUUAAAUGAAGAGAUGAUUGCCAUUUUUGACAAACUACAGCAUAAAACAGUCGGCGCUCGCUAUAGGAUCAAUAGCGAAUACUCCAAGAUAGAACAACGGCGAAAGCUGAAAAGAAUGUUUCAAGAAUUCUCAGCAGGCAAUAUUGUUAAGAUGGAGAAGAUGCUUGUUACAGUCAUCAUGAAGGAGACAAAAUAUGAAGCUGAAGGUCCCUCAAGACUAGUUGAGAAAUGGAAAGAGUAUAUUGUUGUGGCACGCUCGACAGGUAAUCAUGAAUAUCCUAUCGUGCUCCAAUUCUUUAAAAAAAGAAAUAUCCGUUUUGUGGACGUUGAAGGGAUUACUCAAUUCGAUGAUGACGAUUCCGUGUUCGAAGAUGUCUAUCAAAACAAGUCAGCCAAAUCUUCGCCUUCACAUUUGGAGUUUGAUCUCCUAUUGUCCAUCUCUGAUACGAGAAUCAGAUUUCGAAAUGUCUUGGAUAAAACGAUUUCGAUCUCAAAAAUGAUGAGAAAGCACAGGGAUUUCGAGUAUAUCCUUCUUCCCCAAACUCAGUCAUCUGCCAUUAGAUGGCUAAGCCUUUUCAACACAGUUCUGAAAAGUCGAUCAAGAGAAGAGCAGAAGACUCUUUUACUCAAGAUUCCAGAUAUUGAUUUGUCGUUAACAAUCAAAAACUUGUCGAAUUAUCUGUGCGCUGAAGAUUAUUGUAUCAAGGAAGAUGACUUCAAAAUUGAAAUGUUAGAAAAGGGAUAUAGUGUUCCGCGUUCAAAUGCUUUCAACAAACUUGUGGAUAUAAUAGCUGCUCAGUUGCUGAUAUUGAAUGAUAAAGGAUGCCUUCCCCCAAAAGGAAACAAAUUUAUCAAUAGUUUGCCCUAUAGGAAACAUCUUUUGGCUUUCGCAGCCAAAAAAUACGAUCGUUUGGAAUGGAUGCUCGGUGAAUCUGAGAAAUUACUUCAAGCUACAUGGCUAAUUCUCAAUAAUACUCAUGACAUAGAAUUGAGAGAGUUAAAACACGAACCACUAAUGCUGACGAAGGAACCCAUGGUGGAGCCGAGACCAGUGGAAGGAUUCUUGGUUUGUCUGUCUAACAGGGGCGGAAAGCUCAAGUCUUCUUUCGGCCGAAAUUACUAUAAGCUGCAUUACUUCAGCAGUUUUGAUAAUAUCCUCAUGUUUCAAGACUUUCAUACUGCAGUCCCUCCUUUUGAGGAUUCCAUGACUGAUAUAAUGAGUCCUUUGGGGAAAGUUUUGAAUGAGAAAGAAUUGACAGAAAAGGUGCAUGCUAGAGGCUUACAUUUCGAAAAAAGUCCAUUUCCGUUGGCUACUUCUAAUCCAUCUCAUAUAUCUUGGUUGAGGCCUGGCAUUUCAAAAGAAGAAUUUGAAAAGCGAGACAUGGAUGCCUUAUAUGAAGCUGAAAGACGAGCGUCCACUAUUGUCAAUUGCAAAGGAAUCAUUGACCUGUGCAACGUUUCCGAAAUCAGAUGUGUCCCUACUUCUGACGUUCCAAAUGUUAUUCGGUUGGCUGGCUCGCUUGCAUGGGGUUAUCAGCAAAGCAGAUUGGAUGACGAAAGUUAUGUGGACUCUGUUUUUGAGCUCAUAUUGAAGUCUGGCUGUAGAAUCCGGCUUCAGGCUUGUAAUAGAAAAAUCAGAGACCAAUGGGUCUUCAAUCUUCUUCAGCUUCGAGAGUAUUGGGUCAAGAAGAAGCAAGAAGAGUUGGAACGCAUUAUCAAUCUACGCGAGAAAAAUAUUAUAGCUGCCAAUCUCCCAGACGACAAAUACGAAUCUGUUUUAACUGUUGACGACAACCCAAACAAAUGGGAGCUUUCCAAAGCGCACACGGAUCCAUAUCUUUAUAAUAUAUCAUCUUGGUCGAUAGACAAGCCUCUGAUGAUGAGUGGAGUGCUAUAUCAAAAGAGAAAGAAACACAAGAGCUUCAAAACGUUCUUUGUUGUGCUAUGUCCAGGAUUUCUUGUGCUUUACAAUAUGUUCAACAGAAGUUUCAAGUCUGGCACUAUCAAGCCCACUGCGUACUACAAGCACUAUACAACAAUUAGCCUAGGAAACUGCUAUGUUUUUUGCGAUUCCACAAAUGAUCUUGAUGUUUCGAUUCGCGAUUCCACAUUGAGUAAAGUUGCCCCCGGAAGUCACCAGGUUCCGCGAAUCUACUCUGAUGGAUGGAAAAGCAGCGAGGACGAACAUUGUCGCCGAUUUACAAUAUGGUUUGGAUCUAAAAGAGUCAUGAUGAGAAACAAUAACUCAAAAAGUGUAAUUUUGAACGAUCCCCACCUUGAUUCCUCUUCUGACGAAAAUGAGGAAACAGAGCCCAAAACCGAUAAAAUCAGUUUGCAUGACCGGGGCAAAAUGCUGAAGACUGUGUCUCGCCUAGGAGUGACCGGCCAUAGCAUGGUAUUUCUAGCUAGGUCGCGGAUUGAACGAGACCUAUGGGUGACCAAACUUCUUAACGAGGUUGAGCGGUUUGGUUUUGGUGACGAGGAAGAAGUUCAGUUGUCUUAA